UUUUUUAUAUCAUUCAUUCUUUUAUCUUUUCUCUUUUUCUUUAGUUCCUUUGCCACAAAUCACAAAUGUACAGCUAUUUGGAGUUUGGAUAUUUAGGCCCACUAGUCAUAUAUUCUUUUUUGACACUUGAAAUAUGUUUCUGCUUAUUCAAGGGUACGGUAUACCGAUCGCCAAUCACAUACACUGCUUUUUUUGCUGCUCUGUCUGCAUUAAUAUGUGCUAUUAUAAAUGCUGCGGUAAAAGAAGAUAUCGACCGUAUAGUGAGCACUAGAGCCGCUGUAUCUGUCUUUUCAAUAAUAUAUACACACGUUGCAUUUGUACCCGGAUUAGUUGGCUUCUAUCGUAUAUCCAAGCAAAAAGGCAGUAGGUUCGGCACUGCGCUUGCUAUUAUCGGUUGUCUCUGGGCUUUCAUCUUGAUUAUUAUAGGCAUUGUAUAUAACGUUAUGAUUGAAAAAAAUGUUUGGUUUGAUUCUGUCGGUUCAUACUAUCUCAUAGUCUUUGGACAUGUUGCGCUUGCUGUUAUACUCGCAAUACUUUUAGCGCUUAACCAUACACUUUUACAUGGAAAAGCAAAAAUUAGCUUGGUUGCUUACACCAUGCUUUUCAUAUUGUUCGAAAUUUGCUAUUUCAUUGAAAUUUUUGCCAUCCAUACAGUACUCGCUUUAUUCGUUGUCUCACUUAUUUUCAACGACCUUGCAUCAGCUAUUGCUCUUAUGCUUUCGGUUUCGUACGGCCAUCUUUGGAUAGCACAGAACACUUUGGGCGACAAAGUCGAAAUUCCCUCUGAAGACAAUGAUUACCAGCAUAACUAGUUUUUUCUUUUUUUUAAAAAAAACACAUAAAGUUCUUCCAUAGUGCAAUAGCUUUAUAUAUGACUAUCCCUUAACAAGACAACUUUUCAUUAAUACAUAUACUUAAUACAUAUUCUAAUAACUAAAUAACAGGG